UAGCUUGGUAGAGGUUAAAGAACCAGAGGUUACGAAUUUAUCGUUACCAAUGAUGCAUAGAACAAGCUUGUACUGUCCUUCCAGGAAAAACCACCUUUCCCAACUCAACAAUUUGAAUUUUUCAGCGGUUUUAAAAUCCCCUAUAUGAACCGCCAAAAACAAUCACACAGUUAUUUCCCUCUCCAUCUACACCGAUUUCUCUUCAUUUCUACUCAUAAAAAUUUCCACAAUCAAAAUCUUCGAUCGGGAAAAACAACAUGAAGAAGAAGAAAUCUGAGAUCUUCGUCUUUAUCAUCUUCUUCUUCUACUUGUUGUUUCUUUUUUACAUUCUAAAUUGUGUAGUCGGAGUUCAAAUCCUGUCAAAAUCGAAACUAGAAAAAUGUGAGAAAACUUCAGAAUCUGGUGAUAUCUUGAACUGUAGUCGAAAGAUUGUUGUUAAUAUGGCUGUUCCAAGUGAAUCGAAUGGUAGAGAGGCUUCGAUUGUUGCGGAAAUAGUAGAAGUAGAGGAGAAUUCAUCUCAGAAGAUGCAAACUGUGAGAAUUCCACCUGUUGUGACUGUUAAGAAGUCUGCAGCUUUUGCGAUAUACGAGCUCACAUAUAUAAGAGAUGUUCCUUAUAAACCUGAAGAGUAUUUCGUUAAAACGCGUAAAUGUAUGCGAGAUGCUGAUGCUAAUGUUGUUGGCGUUUGUGAAAGGUUAAGAGACGAAAGUGGUCACAUUAUCGAGCAUACUCAGCCAACAUGUUGCCCUUGUGGGACGCAGCGACGCGUGCCUUCAUCGUGUGGGGAUAUCUUUUCGAAGUUGUUGAAAGGGAAAGCCAACACUGCUCAUUGUGUUCGAUUUCUAGGUGAUUGGUUCCACGUUUUCGGUAUUGGAAAGCGAUCACUUGGAUUUAGUGUUCAAAUUGAAGUAAAAAAAGGAUCUAAAGUAUCAGAGGUGGUUGUUGGUCCUGAUAACAGAACAAUGUCAUCUGGUGAUAAUUUUCUAAGAGUUAGCCUUAUUGGUGAUUUUGCUGGCUACACAAGUAUUCCAUCAUUCGAGGACUUCUAUCUCGUAAUGCCAAGACUGGGUGCCCCUGGACAACCAGGAAACCUUGGGACGAACUUUUCUAAGUGGAUGCUGCUGGAAAGAGUACGGUUCACAUUAGAUGGUCUCGAAUGCAACAAAAUUGGAGUCAGUUAUGAGGCUUACAAUGGGCAGCCUAACUUCUGUAGCUCCCCACUGUGGAGUUGCCUGCACAAUCAGCUUUGGAACUUUUGGGAGGCUGACCGGAACCGCAUAAGUAGGAGUCAGUUGCCUCUGUAUGGAAUUGAAGGAAGGUUUGAGAGGAUAAACCAGCAUCCAGACGCAGGAACACAUUCGUUUUCUGUAGGGAUCACAGAAGUCCUUAAUACGAACAUCUUAAUAGAACUGAGCGCUGAUGAUAUAGAAUACGUGUACCAAAGGAGUCCUGGGAAAAUCUUAAGUGUGACUAUCCCAACAUUUGAAGCCCUUACUCAAUUUGGUGUCGCUACAGUCACAACAAAGAACAUUGGCAAACUGGAAGCAUCAUACAGCUUAACGUUCGACUGCUCCAAAGGUGUUACGCUCAUGGAGGAGCAGUUCUUCAUUAUGAAAGCGGAGGAAGUUGUGGUUCGUUCAUUUAAACUGUAUCCGACAACAGACCAAGCCGCAAAAUAUGUUUGUGCAGCUAUACUGAAGGACUCUGAUUUUAAUGAGGUUGAUAGAGCAGAGUGCGAAUUCACCACCACAGCCACUAUUCUUGACAACGGGUCUCAGACUCCUUUUGUACCACCUAGGAGUAGUGUAAAAGGAUUUUUUAAAUCUAUUGGAAGCAUAUGGAAGAAUUUAAGUGAUGGGGUUAUAGAUUUCAUUUCUGGAAAAACUUGCAGAAGUAAAUGCUCAGGUUUCUUUGACUUUAGCUGCCACAUUCAAUACAUAUGCAUGAGCUGGGUGGUGCUGUUUGGCUUACUUCUGUCUAUCAUUCCAACAGUGAUGGUCCUCCUUUGGCUUUUGCAUCAAAAGGGUUUCUUUGAUCCUUUGUAUGACUGGUGGGAUGAUCACUUUAAAGCUGAAUAUGAAGGAAAUGGCUUUGAUGCAAGGCAUACAACAGAGGUUGCCCGUUCCCGUAAACACCAUAAACAUCAUAGGCAUGAAGGAAAGCAGUAUGGUCAUCGCACACAUAAUAAGCGCAGCAGCAGUCACCAUCAUGCGCACCCCGAAGCAGAACCGGACCACUAUCUAUCUAAGCAUGACAAUCAGCUUUACCAUCCCCAUAAACAAAAAUUUAAGCAUGAAGGCCGUAAGAGGAGAACCACAUCCUACCUGAAGGAAGAACAGGAAAACCUAAUGGGUUACUAGUGGUGCUCUAUAGUCUGUCAUUUAAAGGGCUCUUUA